UAUAUUGGCUGCCUGAAAGUCAACACGUCCAUGAAGAGUUUGAAUUUUGAUACGAGGUCUUUAAUUGCAAAAGAAUGCAUCAGCAGAGUGUGUGAAGCGGCAGGCCUAAAGACCGCUGACAGGAAAAGGAAGGUAGUGAAGACCAUAGGCAGGAUCCUGGGUGAGAGACCCAUGAUGGAGCAUGCUGGAAGCAACGUGAAUUUGACUAUCACAAGCACAGCACUCACUCUCUCCAUCUUGGAGUCUGGGCAGGUUGUGGCAUGUCAUGAUAUGCCAAAUAUAUCCUUCGCUUCAGGGGGAGAUCCGGAUACUUUAGACUUUAUUGCCUAUGUAGCCAAAGACAGUCGUUAUGGACGUGCGUGCUUUGUGUUGGAGUGUGGUGGAGGUCUGGCACAGGAUGUAAUAACAACAAUUGGCCAGGCUUUUGAACUCAGGUUUAAGGAGUACCUCAAGAGAACCCCGUCCGUCCAGUAUACCAGCGUAAAAUCUGAUAAGUCAGGUAUGAAUGGCGAGGGUGCUGGUUGGGGUCGUGAUGACCGGAAUACUAUAAUGACCUCCCUGGAAAGGUGCCUCCAGACCUUCCCCCACCUCCCGUUCCUCCUCUCCCUCAAUACUCGGCCUCUGAUAGCAAGAGACCCACCAUGGUUACAUCAGUGCAGGUCCCUGCGACUUCAUCAAGCAGUGGGUCCACAAGCUCUGUGUCUCCAGUCCCUUCUUCGGGAGCCUCAACUAUACUCCUCAACUCACACCAGCCACUCACAGGAAAAGGAUACUUUAGACUUUAUUGCCUAUGUAGCCAAAGACAGUCGUUAUGGACGUGCGUGCUUUGUGUUGGAGUGUGGUGGAGGUCUGGCACAGGAUGUAAUAACAACAAUUGGCCAGGCUUUUGAACUCAGGUUUAAGGAGUACCUCAAGAGAACCCCGUCCGUCCAGUAUACCAGCGUAAAAUCUGAUAAGUCAGGUAUGAAUGGCGAGGGUGCUGGUUGGGGUCGUGAUGACCCGGAAUACUAUAAUGACCUCCCUGGAAAGGUGCCUCCAGACCUUCCCCCACCUCCCGUUCCUCCUCUCCCUCAAUACUCGGCCUCUGAUAGCAAGAGACCCACCAUGGUUACAUCAGUGCAGGUCCCUGCGACUUCAUCAAGCAGUGGGUCCACAAGCUCUGUGUCUCCAGUCCCUUCUUCGGGAGCCUCAACUAUACUCCUCAACUCACACCAGCCACUCACAGGAAAAGUGUCUGACAACUUGAUAGAUUUUACCUCUGAAGGAGCACAGCCACCCCCUAUGCGGUGUGAGCCAGAAUACGUUAAUGAUGCUGUUAUUAAGCAGAAGCAACUUCUUGACCAAAGAGAUCCGUUUGACAUGCAGCCCUUCAUCACCCAGUUAUCACAACUAAGUGGAGGUGUUAGUAGUGGCAGUACAGCUGGAGCUAUUGGUGGAGCAGGAGCUGUAGCCUCAGGAACUGUACCCAGUUCUGGGGCUGUCGGAGGGAAUACAAAACCUCUCCCACUGAACCAGCGGUUACAGCUGCAGAGGGAGCCCUGGUUCCAUGGUGCUAUUAGUAGGAAGGAGGCAGAAAUGCUGUUGGUGCAGGAUGGUGAUUUUCUGGUGCGUGAAUCCCAGGGAACUGCGGGCCAAUAUGUUUUAACUGGAAUGCAGAACAAUACAAAGAAGCACCUCUUGUUGGUUGAUCCCGAAGGAGUGGUCCGAACGAAGUCAAGAACUUUUGACAGUGUCAGUCACUUGAUCAACUACCACCGAGACAAUGAGCUGCCCAUAGUGUCGGCAGAGUCAGCCCUUGUCUUGCGCAAUCCCGUGUUAAGACGUAUACGUUAGCACUCAA